CCGGUAUUGAGUUAGAAUCGAAUAUUUCGCAAGGCGUUAUGAAGGUCCUGUACAUCGCUGCCGUUGCACUGUUGGGGUUGAGCGCCGUGGAAGUGUCGGCGAAGGACGACAAGGAGUGCGAAGUAUGCGUCAAGGUCAUCGAUACGCUGAAGUCGCAGUACAGCGACCUUCUCAAGGAAUCCAAGGGUAAGCCAAAGAUUGACGUGGCCGAAGCUGCGCUUGAAAAGAUGUGCAACAAGUUCAAGUCGAACCCGAAGGAAAAGAAGCUCUGCUACUUCUUGGAGCCCAUGAAGAAGGACACAGCUCGCCAAGUCACCAUUGGCAAGGACACGAUCAAGAUUUGCCAAAGCUUGACAAAGAAGAACCCUGAGUUUUGCUCGAUUCGAUUCCCCAUCAAGACGGAAGCUGGCACGGACUACUCCAAGUUGCGCGUCAAGGAACUCAAGAAAAUCCUGAGCGAACGCGGUGUCUCUUGCCACGGGUGUGUCGAAAAGGACGACUUUGUAAAGAAGCUGCAAGAAACGGAGCACAUGGAGUUGUAGUUCACACUUCCAUGAUGAUCCUAUCUUAUUUUGGCUGCGUUGGUUCGCCAUCAUUGCCACGUACGUCGCUGGGGGAACGGCCAGAGUAAAUUUGGCUAACGAAAUUUCCUGUAAUUCGCCCAGUAAAUAACUCCAAAAUUUCUCAUUGGCGGUCGCCGCUUUAUUUCAAUAGACUCAGCCAAUUAAAUUUUGAGAUUGGAGUGGCAGCAAGUGCUACAAUGUAGUAUUCCUUAUGCCUGGUGGAACAUUUUGUCGUGCAUCUUGUCCGCCGCAGACUUGAUCGUCGGCGACGCGAUUUCGACGUGGACGUCGCUGUCGGUAGUUUGCACGUCGAGCGUAGCCGUAGUUGGCCCCGCGGUCGAUGGUGGGGAUGCCACCCUACGGCGUUUUGCGGCUGACAUCAGCAACACGAUGCCAAAGCAAACGACAUGGCCGAGGCCAAUGCCAAACCAUAUAACCGGUGCAAUCGACUUGUCCAUGCUCAUGAGGUUGUACGGCCAGAAACCUUCGUUGAAUGUGACGUUGCCGAUCCAGGCAAGGCUCGAAAACAACGCUGGCCACAGGAUCACGAACUUGAGGCUAGACCGCUGGAUGAGGUGCUCGUUCACCGUGAACUCGAUGACGAAGAUGACAACAUUGGCCAAGUGUACGAUCCAUGUAGCCCAUUCAGUGGGCUUGGAUGGGCUGUACAAGAGAAUCCAGUACACAAGCGCGACGAGGAAGCACGACGUGAUGGCCACGUCAAAGAGCGUGUUGAGGUACCCAUUCGCCUGGUUCGUCGGCCGAGUCCACCGGCGCACUUGGUCAAAGACAGCCAAGCCAAAAUAGAUCGUCUGCAGCGAAAAGUUCCAGUACGUAUAGUAGACGAGGUCAAACCAGUGUGACGAAUCGAUCUGGAUGAUCCACACGACGAGGAAAAAGCUCCACAUUGCAAUGCGAAAGGCCAAGAGCCACGCGUUCUUGGGAUUGAAUGGCACCUGGAGCAGACCGUGCGUCGGAGGUUGCUUGUAGAUGCGGACGAGGCAGACCACGCCGAUGAUGGCAAGGCCAAUACCAAUCACAAGUUCUUUCCACAGGUUCGGCAUGCUUCUGCGUCGCUGGGGUGGCGUUCCAGAGUGAGGAUGUCUGUGUCGGUUGGAAGCGCUCGUGCAGUCAGCUCUCGUUCUUCUUC